AAAGGUGAAGAAGCUAAACCUGCUGCAGACAGUGAAGAAAACAAGAAGGAAGUGACCGAUAAACACAAAGAGGAUGACAGCAUCAAAGGUGAGUUAAGAGACGUUAUUAGGGAUUUUGGUCAUGUUUUUGAGCGACGCACGUCAACCGGAAGUGGUCUUUUUUUUUUUUUUCAAUUUUGGGCAAUGGUUUUGCCCAAAUUUUUGGACAAAUAGUGUCUAUGACACUUAAAAAUACAAAUUUCGCAACGUCAAGUUGCUUUAAAAUGACAAAGACCUCACUUCCGGUUGAGGUGCGUCGCUCAAAAACGCCUUUGUUUAAGCUCCCUAUUGUCCCUUAUAAGUACGUUCGAAGAAUCUUCCUUACUGCUUCUCUCCUAUCAGGCCGGAUGCACGAAGCCAUCAGUUAAGAUAUUUUAAUAAUAAUAAUAAUAAUAAUAAUAAUAAUAAUAAUAAUAAUAAUAAUAAUAAUAAUAAUAAUAAUAAUGAUAAUGAUAAUGAUAAUGAUAAUGAUAAUGAUAAUAAUAAUAAUGAUAAUAAUAAUAAUAAUAUAAUUCAUUUAUAUAGCGCUAUUAAUACUAGUUAUUCAUAGCGCUUUACAGUUUUAAACCUUAUACUAAUUAUGAAGCAGUUUUUACAAUUUCAUCCUACUAUACUAAAUUCUACAAUUAUAUAUAAUUAAGAAAUAAUUACUGAUUACAUCUUACACACUACAAAAAAUAGGAAACAAAAGAAAAUACAUCAUAGUUUGCAAAAUAAUAAAAUGCCCAUCUAAAGAUAGGCCAUUUUAAAAAGCAUUGUCUUCAGUGCUGAUUUAAAUGCUUGUAUAUUUGACGACAUGCGCAACUGAAAAGGCAGUUCAUUCCAUAGCUUAGGAGUACAUACAGAAAAUGCUCUAUCGCUAUAGGUAACAGUUCUAGAUUUAGGAACACUAAGCAGAUGUUGAGACUGAGAUCUAAGAUUGUGGGUAUAUUUAAGGCUUAUUAAGUAGCUCAGAUAUGUAUUCCGGAGAUAAAUCAUUAAGUGCUUUGUAAGUCAUCAGUAGCACUUUAAACCUUAUACGAUAGGAAACAGGGAGCCAAUGUAGUCUAACUAGAACGGGAGUUAUAUGAUCAUAUUUACAAGUAAAAGUUAUAAUGCGAGCCGCAGUAUUUAGUACUGACUGAAGUCUGUCUAUUUGGUAUUUUGGAAGUCCAAUAAGUAAAGCAUUACAAUAGUCCAGCUUUGAUGAAACAAAUGCAUGGACUAACGUCUCAGUAGAAUUUUCAUAGAUAUUCGUAGAUAUUUUCUGAUCAUCUUGCUAAUAUUUCUAAGAUGGUAAUGAGAUGAUUUGCAUAAUUUGCUUACAUGUUCCCCGAAAGAUAGAGUUUGAUCGAACAAAACACCUAGAUUCCGUACAGUAUUGCUAUGCUCUAUACACUCACUACCAAUCUGAACAUUGCUGAGACAGGGUCUUGGACGGAAUUUAGAGCUAAAAACAAUGAGUUCUGUUUUAUCGUCAUUCAACUUUAACUUGUUUGAAAUCAUCCACCUGUCAAUUUCCUCUACACAGUGUGUUAGCAGAUUCAUAGCUCUAAGCCCUUUGCAGCGGGUCAUUCACGUGGUACAAAACCGCCAUGCUGUAGAUCAAGGCCAGAUGCUCUGGGACAAGACAAAAAUUGACAAUGGCCCCAGUGCGUCCCUUUUGUACCACGUGACUGACCAGCUACAAAGGACCCGUUGAUCAUUGUUGAGGAUCUAGUGUUAAUACAAUUCUUAACUCAUAAGGUCUUUCUAAAUCCAGACCUAAGUGCUUAACUUUGUCUUCCAGAUUAGUGACCCUAGUCAUUCGGUGAUUGUACCCAUCCAUAGACGACUUGUGGACGUAAAAUUCUAUUCCACAAAUAUGCUGCAAAACUAAGCAAUCCUGAAAACGUCCCCCUUCCUUACUUUGGCACAGGACCGCAAAGGUCGACUGUUGGCACCACUGGGAACCCCCAUCCACAACAUCAAGAAACCCCGUAUUUUGUUUUAACUUUUUACUUACUGUUAGCAGAUCCAAAGACUGAUACAGACACCAAAAUGGAUGUUGAUGUUCCUGUUGAAAAAGAGGAUCCUGAGAGGGACAAUGAACGCAAAGAAAAUAACGACGAUAAAUCUGACGAAACAGAACCAAUGGAUGUUCAAGAAACUGGAGAAAAGUCUUCUGAAAAUGGCAAGGAUGGCGAACAAAAGAAGCCAGUGUUUGAAGCGGAGGAGAAAGAAGACGAUAAUACUGUUGACACAGCUGAUAAAAAAAAUGAUAAUUCAGGAAAAGGUGAAGAAAAAGAGGAAAAGGACACGACUAAGGAAACAGAGAGUGGUGAGAGUGAAAGUGUAGAGCAUGGUGACGUGGUUGAUAAAAAGGAAAAUGAAGAAUCCUUAAAGGAAGUUGAGUCAGUUAAAAAUUCUUUUAAUGAGGCUUACGGUAAGAGGGAUUCUGAUCAAACAGAUAAAGCACCAGAAGAGAAAAGCGGAGCGAGCGAGAAAAAAGAAGAAGAGUUAGAAACCGAUAAAACUAAUGAUAAACUCUCACAGAAAAUAGACUCUGAUCAAAAGGAGGGCAAACCGGCUGGAGAUGCUGUAGAAUCAGAUAAAAAGGCAACUGACAAUACAGCAGAAAAGACCGAAUCGCCUGCGAAAACAGAGCAGGCCCCUAUUAAAACUGAUCCAGCAGCAGUCCCUAAACAGGAGAAAUCUACUGAGAAAUCGGCUGGACUGAGUAAGCCUGCCAGUGCAGCUAAUGAACAGCAGCGGUUCAUGUUUAACAUUGCCGAUGGUGGAUUUACUGAGCUACAUACUCUGUGGGAAGUAGAGGAGAAAAGGAAAUGCGAUGACAUCUGGUGGAGAUGCCAUGAUUACUGGCUUCUGGCUGGAGUUGUGAUGUAUCCUGAACACAGUUAUUGA